CAAAGGUGCCAGCAGCAGCCACAACAAUCCCUCAGUUCAAAGUUAAGCAGCAGUUGCACAACUUCCAGCAACUCUCUCAGACGAGUUCUAAUGAGCUGAAACCCAGGAACAUCUGAGGAGGUGAAAAGGAAGUUUCCAGCUCUCCUCCCUUCACCGGAGAAACGCAGACACUCCACCCCGGCCCCAGAUUUCUUUGAGAUAAGGGCUGUGUUAUUUACUAACUGGACAGACCAUACCAUGGCUCCGUUUGGAAGAAACUUGCUGAAGACGCGACAUAAAAGCAGAUCUCCAACUAAAGACAUGGAUUCAGAAGGGAAGGAAAUUGUGGUUUGGGUUUGCCAGGAGGAGAAAAUUGUUUGUGGCUUAACCAAACGUACCACCUCCGCCGAUGUCAUCCAGGCCUUACUGGAGGAACAUGAGGCUACAUUUGGGGAGAAACGCUUUCUCCUGGGCAAGGCCAAUGACUACUGCAUCAUUGAGAAGUGGAGAGGCUCAGAGCGCGCUCUUCCUCCACUAACCAGGAUCCUGAAGCUGUGGAAGGCGUGGGGAGAUGAACAGCCCAAUAUGCAGUUUGUUUUGGUUAAAGCAGAUGCUUUUCUUCCAACGCCCUUGUGGCGGACAGCUGAAACCAAGCUUGUGCAAAAUACUGAAAAACCUUGGGAGCUGAGCCCAGCGAAUUACAUGAAGACGUUACCACCAGAUAAACAAAAGCGAAUCGUCAGGAAAACCUUCCGGAAACUGGCUAAAAUUAAACAGGACACGGUUUCUCAGGAUCGAGACAAUAUGGAGACAUUAGUUCAUCUGAUUAUUUCUCAGGACCAUACUAUUCAUCAGCAAGUUCAAAGAAUGAAAGAGUUGGACCUGGAAAUUGAAAAAUGUGAAGCUAAGUUCCACCUUGAUCGAGUAGAGAACGACGGGGAAAAUUAUGUUCAGGAUGCCUAUUUAGUCGCCACUUUCAGUGAAAUUGAGCAAAAGCUAGACUUUCCGUCUGAGGAAAUCCAGAGUCCUGAGGACCUGAGCGAGAGUGAUGGAAUACUGCAGCUGGAAGAAAGACUGAAGUACUACAGGAAACUCAUAGAAAAGCUCUCGGCUGAAAUUGAGAGAGAGGUGAAGAGCGUGAGUCUUGAAGUAAGUGGAGACGCAGAGGGGGCAGCUGUCUGUGAGCUGGAAAGCUCAGAUGUAGAAAGCGUUAAGUGUGAUUUGGAGGAGAGUAUGAAAGCUGGUUUGAAAAUCCACUCUCACUUGAGUGGCAUCCAGAAAGAGAUUAAAUACAGUGACUCAUUACUUCAGAUGAAAGCAAAAGAAUAUGAACUGCUGGCCAAGGAGCUCAGUUCACGGUGCAUUAACAGCAAAGAUGGAUGCCAGUUAAAAGAAAACCGAGGGAAGGAAGCUGAGAAUCCCAGUGGGGAGGUCCCUGCGUUCACUCAAAGGGCGUUCAACACAUACACUAAUGACACAGAUUCAGACACAGGUAUCAGCUCCAACCACAGCCAGGACUCUGAAACAGCACUGGGAGAUGUGUUGCUUUUGUCAACUUAACCCAGGAGGCUUCUUACCGACCACUAAGACUGUUCUGUGUAAUUUAACAAGAAGUUAUUCCAAAUUCAACUUUGUUACAAUGUAUCACAUGCUAAAGUAUUCACUAAUUAAUGAAAACUAGUGAAAUGUAGUGAAAUAUUGCUUGUUUUCAGUAUACUAUUUCCAAUGUGACUUUGUUAAAUGUUCAGGCAAUGAACUGUGCAUUAGGAAUGCAGCAAAAUUAGCUCAUAGUUACAUAACACAGAAAGAACUUGACUGGGAAUCAUUUGAUAAUCACCCAUAGCUUCUAUGAGAAAUGAUUUAUAUAACCCUAAAACAAUCUUCAGUUUUGCUCAGCCAAAAUAUUCAUUCUGCAAACUUGAAGAUGUAAAAUGAAAAUGUGUGUGUCUUCUUCAUAGCAUUGUAACAUUAAAAUGUUUAAAUCUGUAAAGUACAGGACAGCUACUAUGCUAUAACUGUUUAAUUAAUCCAAAUCUUUUUUUUCAAUACUUAGAUUAAAAAAGGAAGACUUCUACCUGUUUAAGUCUAAAGGACAAAAAACUGUUGGAACGUGUGUAAUUCUUGACAGGGGAUCACAAUAAUUACAAGUGCUACAUGCAAUCAGCAAAAUGUUUCCAAGCAAGUCUAAAGGGAUCAAAAGCUUUUGCUAUAUGGUCAUAGAUUUGAUCACACCAGUGUUGUGUGGAGGUCAUUCUUCUGGGAGGUAUAGCAUUAGAUACAGAAGAAAUCUAUCAUAAUUUUAUUAACAUCCUAGAAGUGGUAAAAUUCAUGAUUCCUUGUGUGGAUAAUAUAGUGUCCUAUGCUCUCAGGACAUACUGAUUAGCACUCACAUGGGCAAAAUGAGUGUUCUGCUGUACCAAAAGCCUAGCUAUCAUAGUUCUUUAGCUGAGAUGCUUAAAACAGCCAAGGAGUUUAAACAGCACCAUUCAAGGCAUUCCAGUAGAAACUCAAAACUUAAGUGGAUUAUUUGGGUUCAAACUUCACUGAAAAUUAUAAUGAUUUUGCUUGGUUUUAAAAUCGUCAUUUCUUCUUAGUCCUGCCCAUUUUUCUUGUUAGCCAGUGUCUCCUUCUCAUUGCCCUCCUCUUUCUCCCUUCCUGCAAGACAAGAUGUCAGGAUACCAAAACAACUAAGUUAUCAUUUUAUUGUUUGCUGAAUGUUGCUGCAGCUUUUUUUUUUCUUAAGUUGCCACAUUUCAUCCAUGUCAGGAUACAGAAGUAAAAAUGGUAUUUUAUGGAUCAAAUUAUGCAAACAUUGACCACUUUUCCCAGUUUGCUUCUCUGUUAUGCAUAUGUAUGAGAAUUGUAGUGAUUUUCUCUUUUAAAAUUUGGAAAUAUCUAAAAUUUACCUUUUUGAUUACUCAGUUUCCUUAAUUUAGCCUUCCUGUUUGUUCAUUCUUACUCCCUCCCAUUAGUUCCUUCACCUAUUUUUGGUUGAUAUUUUGAAUUACCAGUGUUUUACUUCUGGGAAGAAUCUAUGUUAUUUCUUGAAUCAAGACAUUUGCAGGCCAUAGUUGUAAAACAGGAAUUUCCAUUCCAAAAAAAAAAAAUUAUAGGGAAAAGCAAUAAGUAAUCAGGUUAACAUAAAUCACAUUUUCUAAAGAAAGUUUUGAAUAGUCAUUUGUGCAGGGGAAGUUCAUCUGACUAACAGCCUAUUAGAUUUUUGAAGACCUUGAUAAAUGGUCAUAUUUAUUUUUACUGCUAGGGAUUAAAUUCAGAAGAUUUUCAUAAAUGAUAAGUCAGUCGUUAUCUUGUUUUCCUAAAGUGAAAGCCAUCUCUUUGGAUUAUUUGCAUAUUUAGUGAGAAAACAAAAAAAAUCUUGCUAAUCUCAGUAUCCAAAUAGACAAAAUAUCCGAAUCCAAAAACAAUUGUGAUAAGAAAUGUGAAAUGGAGAGUUUCCCUUUAGAACUUUAACUUCUUUAUACAUGAUUACUUACAGUGAUGCUAAAGGGCAAUGCUAUAAUGUUUUAAACUUUUGUUGGGAAGCAGGACCAUUGAUUUUUAAAUUCCUUGUAGAAUUUACAUUUCAUCUGCAACUAUAAAAAUGAAUUUCUGAUCGUGAUCAUUUCAUUAAAUCACAUAGUGAAUAGUUGCCAUGGUGAACCCUAAUAUAAUUACAUAUAUUUAUACAAUUGGAAAUAAUAAAUGAUCUGCUGACUGAAUACUAUCCAUUAUUAAUUUGAGAAUUAAGAUUUAAAAUACAAGCCUUGAAAUUUUAUUGUUUUAAUUACUUAUAGUAACUUGAUAAGUUGCAAAUUCUUUAGUAGCUGGAAGGUUAACUAUGAAAUGGCCCAUAUGUUACUAGAAGAAACAAGCCAGAGCUGACUCCACUUAUUUCUCAAGACAAGCAUUCAUUGUUUAUUCUUAUCUUCAAGGUACCUCCACUGAAAUGUUACCUACUUUCAGUGGGCUUUUUAAAUUGCUGUUUUCUUUCACAUAUUUUUGCCCCACUUAAUCAAUUCUAAUAUCUUAUCCCUGAACUCACAAAUAUUUUAGAUACACUUCUCACUUCCUAGCUGAUAGUCUAUCUUCAACAGUGUAUAUUUUUGGACUUGUCUACCUCCAUUUAACCUGUAGAGUCUUAAUUUAUUAUUUUAUCAUAUCUUUCUUACUUUAUUUCUUAUUACCAGCUUCUUUGUCCCACAUUCAAUUUGUGAAUUGAAUCAUUAAAUUUAAAAUGCUUUAAUUUUUCACAAGAUUUUUAACAUGGUCAAUGAUACUUGUGCACUUUGUAUGUGAACAUACCUGUUAAUAGGCAUCACUAUCAACAACAAUUCUAUUUGUACAUUUCUAGGAGUAAGUAGUAAAUCUUCAUGUUGCUAUCAAUGUUAUUAAUGUUCGAUGAUUUUCAUUGACAUGAAGAAUCAUACAAUAUUAGGGAUCCUAUGUGAUAAAAUUAGGGAUACUGUGUAAUAUUUCAGCAUACACACACACACAAUGUGUAAUGUUCAGGUGAGAGUAAGCAUUAAUUUUAUUCAAUUCAUAGUUACUGAGUUAAAACAACUUAAAUAACACCUUUUAAUUCACUUUAAUGAGACUAUUAUAAAUUUCUCAGUAUUGUGAAUAUAGAAGAAAAAUAUGUUUCAUACAGUUAAGUUUGAAGUGGUAGACACACAAAAGAACUUCUAAACAUCGGAAUGAAAUCUGUGUAUCAUAGUUAUUCUUAAUUUUAAAAUUACUGAUCCUCCAUUAACAGAGAGAAGCUAUUCUAAUCCAUUGAAUUUUUAUUUUUGUAUUUAUUUAAAUGUCCACUGAACAUGACAAAAUAUAUUUCUGUGGCUGCAUUUUAUACUUUUUCAGAGUAGAAUUAUUAUUGUAUUCAAAACAUAUUUUUCUAGUGACAAAGGAGCAUCCUUUUAAUCUUGAGAUAGUUUUCUAAAAUAAUAGUGGGCUACUUUGUUUCAUACUGCCUGACUGGUUUGUUAAACUUUAUGUGACAAAUGUAAAGUAUCACCUCUUCAAGUUUAUAACUGAUUCAGAAAAAUAAAAGAUUAUUGUACCCUAUCCUGUGGUAUUUUUUCUCUUGGUAUCUUAUGUGGCUAUAAUUACAACAAAUUGUAUGUCAGUUUCUAUUAUAUAAUUGCUAAGCUAAAUCACAAUAUUUAUUUUAAGACAGAUUAGUAUUUCAUAACAAUACAAAUAUGUAGCAAUUAAGAUCUAACAAGACUUUUUAAUUACGUUUUGUACAUACAUGUUCCAAUUUGUUAUGGAAACAUAUUCCAGCCUGUAUGCUGAUUCAUGGAUUCUUGCUUAUUAGAAUGAAAUUACAAAUGGAUUCUCCUUAUUAGAAUUCAUUCUGUCAUUUCAUUUCUCAAGAUGAGCCUUUGUUUGCUUUAAGUAAUCAUUAGAAUCAGGACUUUCAUUACCUCAUUCCAUAGUCAUCAUGAAAUGACUUUAUUAAAUGAUUAUAUAAUGUCUAUCAAAACACAUAAAACUAGGUUUAUAUUAUUUUGUUUACCAAUAUAUCUCAAUAGAGAUAGGAAGAACUUGUGUUGUAAUCAACUGUUGGACUUCAAAAUUGUAAUCUUUAAAUUUCCACAAUUGAUAAGCCUGAAAAUCUCAAUGAUUAUCUCCAGAAUUCAAAUAAAAGCAAUUCUCUUGUUUUUCUUAUGUAAUCAUAAAAAGUUGCUUUUAUAGGAGUCUAUUAAGAUGCUGCAUUUCAUAGACAUAAUAUAGUUGAAUAUUUACUUUUUGGUAAAACAGACACAUUGCAAAGACAAAUUAUUUUUAAAAAUGAAUGUUGAGAAAUGAAAAUUCUUUUCUACUCUUGGGACUCAGCUAAAUCUGACAUUUAAGAUUUUAAUUACUAUUUAUGAAUUGUUCUAAAGAAAACAUAUGCUUAUUCAGGUCAACAGUUAGUUACAUAUACAGACUAUAAUUUUUCCAAAGCAAAUGGUUUGGUCCUUUACCUUUAUACCCACACUUUUGUCAUUCUAAAACAUAACGACUCUGGAGAGGGUCCCACACUGUUCAUGUGGAGAGCCCUCAUCUUACUGUGUCCCUGUCUUACUGUAGCAUGGAAUUACACAAUCAAUACCAUAGCACUGGCAAUACUAUAGCGCAUCAAUGCCAUAAUCAGUUUAUCUAUUUUUCUCCUGAUAUUGUUUGGUGGUUUCCAAUUAUUUACUCUACUAUUACAAUACCCAUCUAAAGAAUUUCUGUGUGGAUAGUUACAGAAAUAUUGACUCACAGGGUGACAAAUGCACUUACAAUUUUGGGAACCAUCAAUGGUCUACAUAUAUUGAAAUUAAUCCUUUAUGAUUUGAUUUUCAGAUGUAAUCUUUAGAUAUAAUGUUUACUUUUUUAUUUGUAAAUUUUCAAAUGCAAAACAAAUUGUAGUUAUAAGUUGAGUUUGUGAGUUAAUAACUCAAGUGUUUUUUGUUUAUUCUUUAAA